AUGGAGCCCACCGCCAGUGACUUACAGCUGGUGCCCAGGGCAGCCAAGGAUGACCGGGCUGCAGACGCCGCCUGCUGCCGGGCAGUCCUCUCGACCGUGGUGGCCACCAGCACCGUCAUUGUCACCCUGGGAGUCCUCGUGGCCUCCCUCUCUACACAGGGCAUCGACGUGGAGCACACGGCCGAGCUGCGAGGGGUCCGGUUUGCCCCCAGCUUGCAGCAGGAGACCUCAGACUAUCACCGCACGCUGACACCCACUCUGGAGACGCUGUUUGUCAGCAGCUUUCAGGAGACAGAGCUGGAGGCCAGCUGCGUGGGCUGCACGGUGCUCAGUUACCGGGAGGGCAACGCCAGCGUCCUGGUGCGUUUCCGGCUGCGCUUCGUGCUGCCGGCCCUGCGCACGCUGAGCCCCGGCCUGGAGGAGGAGCUGCUGCAGCGGGGACUGCGCGCGAGGCUGCAGGCCCGGGGCAUCCCCCUGGCCCCCUACGGCACCAUCGUGGCCGCCCAGCUCACAGGCGACCAGAAGGGGCUGCUGACAGAAAGAGACUUAAAAUCAGGUCACUGUGCAGCGAACGCCUUUUCCUGCGGGAACAGCGAGUGUGUGACCAAGGUGAACCCAGAGUGUGAUGACACAGCGGACUGCCCUGACGGCUCUGAUGAGGCCCACUGUGACUGUGGUUUGCAGCCUGGCUGGAGGACAGCCGGGAGGAUUGUGGGUGGCGUGGAGGCAUCCCCGGGGGAGUUCCCUUGGCAAGUCAGCCUCCGAGAAAACAACGAACACUUCUGUGGGGCCGCCAUCAUUGGUGCCAGGUGGCUGGUGUCUGCUGCACACUGCUUCAACGAAUUCCAAGACCCCACCGAGUGGGUGGCCUACGCGGGCAGCACCUACCUCAGCGGCUCAGAGGCCAGCACGGUGUGGGCCCGCGUGGCCCGGAUCAUCCCGCACCCCUCCUACAACCCUGACACGGCCGACUUCGACGUGGCGGUGCUGGAGCUGGGCGGCCCCCUGCCCUUCAGCAGGCACGUGCAGCCCGUGUGCGUCCCCGCCGCCACGCACGUCUUCCCGCCCAGGAGGAAGUGUCUGAUCUCGGGCUGGGGCUACCUCAAGGAGGAUUUCCUGGUCAAACCAGAGAUGCUUCAGAAAGCCACCGUGGAGCUGCUGGACCAGGCCCUGUGCGCCAGCCUGUACGGCCACACACUCACCGACAGGAUGGUGUGUGCCGGCUACUUGGAUGGGAAGGUGGAUUCCUGCCAGGGUGACUCCGGGGGCCCCCUGGUCUGUGAGGAGCCCUCUGGAAGGUUCUUUCUGGCUGGCAUUGUGAGCUGGGGAAUCGGCUGUGCAGAAGCCCAGCGUCCGGGGGUCUACGCCCGAGUGACCAGGCUGCGUGACUGGAUCCUGGAAGCCAUCACCACUGCAAGCAAGCCUCUGGCCCCCACGGCGGCUCCCGCCCCCGCCACCCCCAGCACUGCCUGGCCCACCAGCUCCAAGAGUCCAGUGGUCAACACCACCACCAAACCCAUGCUGGCCCCCAGCACCGCACUUCUGGACUUAGCCACCGCUUCUAAGCCACAAGAGUGCGGGGCCAGGCCGGCGCUGGAGAAGCCCACCCGGAUCGUGGGCGGGUUCGGGGCCGCCUCCGGGGAGGUGCCCUGGCAGGUCAGCCUGAAGGAGGGUUCCCGGCACUUCUGCGGCGCCACCGUGGUGGGGGACCGCUGGCUACUGUCGGCCGCCCACUGCUUCAACCACACGAAGGUGGAGCUGGUGCGCGCCCACCUGGGCACCGCGUCCCUCUCGGGCAUCGGCGGGAGCCCCGUGAAGAUGGGGCUCAGGCGGGCGGUGCUGCACCCCCAGUACAACCCCAGCAUCCUGGACUUCGACGUGGCCGUGCUGGAGCUGGCCAGGCCCCUGGUCUUCAACAAGUACGUGCAGCCCAUCUGCCUCCCACUGGCCAUUCAGAAGUUCCCCGUGGGCCGUAAGUGCGUCAUCUCUGGAUGGGGAAACACGCAGGAGGGAAACGCCACCAAGCCUGACCUCCUGCAGCGGGCGUCUGUGGGUAUCAUAGACCAGAAGGCAUGCAAUGCCCUCUACAACUUCUCACUCACAGACAGGAUGAUCUGUGCGGGGUUCCUGGAGGGCAAGGUCGACUCCUGCCAGGGUGACUCUGGGGGACCCCUGGCCUGUGAGGAAACACCCGGCGUGUUCUACCUGGCGGGCAUUGUAAGCUGGGGCAUCGGCUGUGCUCAGGCCAAGAAGCCCGGUGUGUACACCCGAAUCACCCGGCUGAAGGGCUGGAUCCUGGCCACCAUGUCCUCCCACUCCCUCCCCACGCCCCCACUGCCCACGUCGAGGACGCCCGCCAGCACGCACGCUGCCAGGACGACGGCUGGCCUCACAGUCCCGGGGGUCAUGGCCAGUGGACCCACUCCCUGGGCCACCAGCAGGGUGACCAGCCAGCUGGCCAACAGGACCACGACCACCAUGACCACUGCCACUAGGGGACAGACACCACUUCUACACGCCCCAGAGACCACUGUGGGCACCCAGCUACCAGACUGCGGCCUGGCGCCGGCGGCAGCGCUGACCAGGAUCGUGGGCGGCAGCGCCGCGGGCCGCGGGGAGUGGCCGUGGCAGGUGAGCCUGUGGCUGCGGCGGCGGGAGCACCGGUGCGGGGCCGUGCUGGUGGCCGAGAGGUGGCUGCUGUCGGCGGCGCACUGCUUCGACGUCUACGGGGACCCCAAGCAGUGGGCGGCCUUCCUGGGCACGCCGUUCCUGAGCGGCGCCGACGGGCAGCUGGAGCGCGUGGCGCGCAUCCACAAGCACCCCUUCUACAACCUCUACACGCUCGACUACGACGUGGCGCUGCUCGAGCUGGCGGGGCCCGUGCGCCGCAGCCGCCUGGUGCGGCCCAUCUGCCUGCCCGAGCCCGCGCCGCGGCCCCCGGACGGCGCGCGCUGCGUCAUCACCGGCUGGGGCUCCGUGCGCGAGGGAGGCUCGAUGGCGCGGCAGCUGCAGAAGGCGGCCGUGCGCCUCCUCAGCGAGCAGACGUGCCGCCGCUUCUACCCGGUGCAGAUCAGCAGCCGCAUGCUGUGCGCCGGCUUCCCGCAGGGCGGUGUGGACAGCUGCUCGGGUGACGCUGGGGGGCCCCUGGCCUGCAGGGAGCCCUCCGGCCGGUGGGUGCUAACCGGGGUCACCAGCUGGGGUUACGGCUGCGGGCGCCCCCAGUUCCCCGGUGUCUACACCCGGGUGGCUGCUGUGAGAGGCUGGAUUGGGCAGAACAUCCAAGACUGACCACCACGCAGCUGCCCAGGCCUGGAACCAGCGACGUGGAGGCGGCAGGAACCAGCCGGCCACCCAGCCAG